UUCCGGGACAGAAUUAGCUGUGGCAUCUGCAUUGGCAUUCACAUCACAUCUACGAGGACGGACCCACAAGUUUGUAUGAUGAGAAUCGUCCUUGUGCGUUUGUAAAAGAAGUGGAGCAUUCAUAUCCAGAUUGAUUCCCUACCUAUAUGGCACUUAAUUUGAGAGAGAUGGGGAAAAUCACGCUCCGAUCUCUGUUUUCAGAAGGAGGACAUGGAGGAAGGAGAUGAUGGUGGUUAAGCUUUCGUAACUUGUUUUGGAGAUUGAGUACCCACGGCCAUGGAUUUAUCGGGCUCAAGUUUUUUCACGGCGAGUGAACGGAUCUGUGCGGCAUUCAUACCACUCAUUGCGGUCGUAGAGGCCUUGAUUUUAGCGAUAACCAGGUGCUUCGAUUGUUCCCCUGAGAGUCAGAAGGGUCUCCGCCGCUACGGUGAACUUUCCCGGCUUGCUAGUGAAACCAGAUUUUCUAUCAAUGAAGUGGAAGCGUUGUAUGAGCUUUUCAAGAAGUUGAGUAGUUCGAUUAUUGAUGAUGGAUUGAUUCACAAGGAGGAGCUUCAAUUGGCACUUCUCAGAAGUCCGUACGGCGAGAACCUCUUUCUGGACCGGGUUUUUGAUCUUUUUGAUGAAAAGAGAAAUGGAGUGAUUGAGUUUGAUGAAUUUGUCCAUGCUCUUAGCAUCUUCCAUCCCCAUGCACCUAUGGAGGAGAAAAGUGAUUUUGUGUUUAAGCUAUAUGAUUUGACGCAAACUGGGUUCAUCGAACGCGAAGAAGUUAAGCAAAUGGUUAUUGCAAUCUUAAUGGAAUCUGACAUGUGGUUACCAGACAAUCUUCUCGAAGCAAUCCUUGACAAGACAUUUGCCGAUGCCGAUGCUGAUAAGGAUGGAAGAAUCAGCAAGGAAGAAUGGAAGGUUUUUGUGAGGAAACAUCCAUCUCUCUUGAAGAAUAUGACUCUUCCUUAUUUAAAAGACAUAACGACAGUGUUUCCGAGUUUCGUUUUCAACACUGAGGUUGAAGAUUAGGAAAUUUCACCACAUUGAUGUCAAGAGAUCCGCUUUUGCUACAUCGAAUGGAAAUUGCUGGAAUUUCCUUUAUGAGAAGGUUCGAAUUGUGGCUGGCUGAUGUUGAAAGAAUGACCAGUUUGAAAUGAGGAAGCAUCCAUUCUUCGAGUUGAAGAAAGAUCAACGUGGAGGUGUAGCUCGGGCUAAAACACUUCGGUUAUUCCAUCUAUGCAUGAUCCAGAUUAUUGGAAGAGUGCAUUGUAAAUUGUACGUUAGUUAAGAGUUACAUUUUUCCUGGUUUUGUGUAUUUGUUAUUGCCAGCAUUCUACCAUUAUUAUUCCUUUUCAUGAGGGGUGGUUAAUUUUCUUGAACAGGAAUACCAAGCUUCGAUUCUUGGUCCGCACCAAGUUUGUUGAUGCCCCCUAAAAUAGAUGUAGUUGAAUCUGCACUUUGAA